UUCGCCCCGCCCCGCGGAGACGGUGCGCGGCGGCGGGACACCGGAUUGCGCAGUUGCAUCAGGCUGGGGCCGCGAAGGGCGGGUUUCCUGGAGGCGGAGCGAGGAGUGCAGGACUUGUGAAGCUGCCAGGCUUUCUGCAGCCCUGGCUGUCCUAAGUGUUAGUCUCCAGAGUCUGCAGUGAGAGGAGCCGCUGCACCUGCUCAGUCAUGCUCGGUCCGACUGCGGAGCGUCCUUAAGGAAAUGUUAAACACGGCUAAGCUGAGAGCGCCGGGCGUGGCUGUGACAGCCGACUUGCAAGAGUGUCACCCUUGAGAUAAGCGUUUUGAUAAUGUGUGGACCAAGUCCCCAGACAUAGUAAAAGCACCUUAGUCAUUGCUCAAGAGGAUUGACAACAUGAAUCUUGAUGACUCUGUACCAGAACCUGAAAAGAAGGAAUAUUCUCCUGUCUGUGUUGGCAGAGAAGAUGACAUUAAAAAACGUGGAAGAAUGGCUGCUGUUGUCCAUGACAGAGAAGUGGUCAUUUUCUGCCACAAGGGGGAAUAUUAUGCCAUGGACAUUCGCUGUUACCACUCAGGAGGACCUUUACACUUGGGAGAAAUAGAGGAUUUUGAUGGACAACCGUGUAUAGUUUGCCCGUGGCAUAAAUAUAAAAUUACUUUGGCAACAGGAGAAGGACUAUAUCAGUCUAUAAAUCCUAAAGAUCCAUCAGCAAAACCCAAGUGGUGCUCCAAAGGAAUUAAACAAAGGACUCAUGUAGUGACAGUGGACAAUGGCAAUAUUUAUGUGACUCUUUCUACUGAACCUUUUAAGUGUGACUCUGACUUUUAUGCUACUGGAGAUUUCAAAGUAAUUAAGAGUUCUUCCUGAUAAAAAUACAUGGCAGUGAAAAGUAUUGUGCAUGUUUGUAAGUAUUUUUAGAAUAACUUUGCUUCAAUACCAUAGAUGAAUUUUGGCCAACAUAGACACAACUGUUACUUUCAAAAUCAUAUAAAUCUGACAGGUUUAGGAGCUCACAUACUCAGUGUGAUAUAUGUGAGGAUUGUCGUCAGGAUCAGUAGAAUGCAUUUUGUUCAGUUCUCUGGAUUGACUGGAAUCUGAAGGUUAUAGAUUUGAGAUAUUCAAUUUAAGGAUGAAAAUAAUCUGGAGUAAACAAAAUGAAUAGUGCGUAAAAAGUAGGAUUUAGUAGGAAACAUUUUUAUAGACAAAAGUCCCUAUUUGAUAUAACGUAUUUUAUUCUAGAAAAGUUUUAAAGUCAACCAACCAUCAUUCAGCUCCAACAAGUACCAGAUUCUCUCAUUCUUGUUUUAUUUACGCUUCUGUGGGUUUACUAAUUCUCCUAUGUGAUUGUAUUAUUUGUGUGUUUUUAGGUAAAAUUUAAAUACACUAGAAUGCUCAAAUCUUAACUGUACAUUUCCCCAAAAUAUAUAGCAUACUUUUUGUCUUUAAAAAAUGCCUCAAAAACUGAGAUCAAUAAACUUACCAUUGUGCUAGACAUGAAAACUGAAGGAAACUUGUUACAGUUUCUUGAAGUAAGACACACACAGCCACUGCCCCUCCAUGAGAACUAGAAAGUCUCCUAUUUAGUGAGUCAGUGUGCGUUGAAUGCAAAUAAACAAUUUUUUUUUAUUUUUAGAGAACUUUGUGCAUGUGUGUCUAAGUGUUUGUUAUAGAGAGAAGAGAUCCAGGAUUUUGUUCUUCAAAGGUCACAAUCAAGGUUGACAUUUAGUUGUUUUACCCUGAUUUUACCAUGCCAUUUAUUUGUUGCCAGCAGUGUUCCAGUUGCCUGGUGCCUACACCCUACUAAUUGCUAAGUACUUCAGGUAACACCCUAGGUACUGAUCACGUAAAACUCUGCAGCACACAAUAGAAUAUGAGAGUAAGUGGGACCAGAAAGAACCAGGAUUAGUAGAAUUCAGAAUGAGAACAGCUGUUGUUAAGACUGGAACCCAGUCUCAAAGGACAGUAAUCUUUGUGCCAUACGAUUAAACUAAGAGCCCAGCAUUCUAAGGGGCCCACCCAGACUCUUUCCUCUGCUUAUUGUAAAAAUAGUAAAUGAAUAAGUUAUGUAUGGAAAAGGCUUUGCGCACAGAACCCUUUGCUGUAUAUUAUUACAUUUCCUUUUCUGCUGGAACGUGGACAGCAUGAGCGCCACUUGCUACUCAUUCCUCAGACUACUAAUGAGCCAGAUUGAGGCUUUUCAUAAAUGCUGUUAUGGCAGCAGCUGCUCACGGGUGCAGAAGAUGGCCUAGCUCUGGGAUAGGCACAGCCCCGCCUGUUAUGUCAGGUGCUGCUCCUUCAGUGAUCUGUCAGGUCUGAACACGUGUCCAGAACUUAAAGCAUAUGGAAGAAAUCAAAGUACCUCCUCUGGGCAAAAACCAUGGCCUUGGUUUGUGGGGCCAAUUACAGAAGUCUUUUCUCUCAGGAGCCAUUGGCAACAAUGAGUAGUGUGGACUUGAUUUUUUAUGUCAUAACGUGUCCUGUUCAUACACAGAAAUCUUGUCACAUUUGUAAGUAAUAUUUUACUUUAUAAAUGGAUGGCAUCUAUGAAUUGCAAGUACUUCAUAACUUUACAAGUGAGUUAUAAGAGAAGGAAUAAUAGGCAGGCUCAAACUCUGCAGUCUGCAGAUAAAUUU